AUGGCUCCUCGUCCAAGCAUGUCUAUCUUUCGGGGCAAUGGCCCUCGAAAAUCGUUUGCGCCUACAACGCCAUCAGUUUUCCUUAUCCCCGAGAUACUCGAACUUAUCAUGCUGGAACUUCCAGCUAUCACAGUUCUUACGACAUGCAGAGGCGUCUGCAAAAGUUGGAAAUCUCUCAUCGAAAUGGCACCGGACCUAAAGUAUUACUCUUUGACCGGUCUCAAACGCUCAAAAAAGCGACAAGCUGAAAACGCAGCUCGCCAAUUGCCAAAUCAAAUCAUCACACCUAUGGCACUUGCCGUAUUAUCUGCAUUUUGGAAAAAACUAGCAGUAAACGGGAUUAAUGAUAAUCUCUACGUCGUCAAUGAGAGACCUGCUGUCUACGCCAACAAUCGUGGACGACAUCCUUGUUAUCCUGUUUUCUGGGCGUUAACAUUACCCAUUCAAGGUACGAUCUGUACCAUCAGGUGGUUGGCGAAUCGAAAACAAGGACCGGGCGUGGAGAAGGAUCGCAAAAGGUUUCGGAAUGAUAUAAGACCUUUGUACAAGAAAUUCGCAGGAGGAACAAAACUCAUACCAUUGAUUGAUCCCGACCUCGACCGCAAGAUGAUAUUGGACGUUGCAAUUGAAGAACGAUCGAAUUGGGGAUAUAUCUAUCGUAAAGACGGUGUCCAACCGGAAGAAAUGCCGAAGCUCGACCCAAGUGACAUCAUUACGGAGCCGUGGUCGAAAGUGAUGUCAGCUCUUGCAAAAACGGUUUAUGAACAAGCACCUAAUCCCACGGGAGGAGAGAAUCCGAGGUUCUGGUGUGAUUUUGUCUAUGAAUAUUUAGAUGGGAAGAGGGAGAAGAAGCAUCAUACUGAGGAAGUUGUGUUUGGUAGCUUAAAAGUAUUCAAUUAUCAUGUUGCCGUUGGAGAGCCUUAA